AUGGCGCCAUCACACAAGAAAUCCGUCCUGUCCACGUCGGCGAAGGCGGUAGACCCCUCUCUGGAUGCACUGUUUUCGACGAGUGUGAAACCGAAGAAGGGCCUCGGAAAGCGGAAACGAAAAGCCCGUGACGAAGGAGAGGACCUAGAGGGCAGAUACAUGGACAAGCUUGCCCGAGAGACAGCACCGGCCGAGGAGCGUCCUCGCCGGACGGACGAGGAUGCCGAGGACGUCAACAUGGACGACGAGCAGGAGGAAGAGGCCGAGGACGACGAGGCCGACGAGCCGUUGGUACACGAGGCGCUUGGAGAAAAGACCGGAAGCACGGGUGCUGGUGCUGGGGGCGUGCCGGAGACAGAGAAGGAAAAGGCUGCGCGGACGGUGUUCCUGUCAAACGUGAACAUUGAAGCAGUGACGUCGCGCACAGCCAAGAAGACGUUGUUGGCACAUCUAGCAUCGCCGCUAGAGGCGAUGAACGCAGCCGUGACUGAGGCGGCAGAAGCAGCGGCAGCAGUGGCAGCAGCAGAGGUGAAGCCAGCAGCAACAGAGGAGUCGUCAGAAGCAGCAGCUGCGGCAACGACCAAGCCAGCAGGGCCAACACCGGUGCUGGCGACGGUGGAGAGCCUGCGGUUCCGGUCAGUGCCGUUUGCGACGGCGGCGAUGCCGAAGCGGGCGGCAUUCAUCACAAAGGCGGUGAUGGGAGCUACGGCGCAAGCAACGAAUGCGUACGCGGUGUACUCGACGGCAGCAGCAGCGCGACAGGCGGUGCGACAGCUGAACGGGACGGUAGUGCUGGGACGUCACUUGCGGGCAGAUAGCGUGGCGCAUCCGGCAGCGGUGGACCACCGACGCUGCGUGUUUGUGGGCAACCUUGGCUUCAUGGACGACGAGGAGGUGAUGGUGACGCCGGACGAGGCGAAGACGGACGAGGACGGGCAGCCGGCCGAGCCGACGAAGCGGAAGCGUUUCAAGGUGCCCAUGGACGUGGAGGAGGGACUCUGGCGGACGUUUGGCAAGCACGCGGGUGCGGUGGAGAGCGUGCGCGUGGUGCGUGAUCCGGCGACGCGAGUCGGCAAAGGCUUCGCCUACGUGCAGUUUGUCGAUGGGACCAGCGUCGAGGCUGCGCUGCUGCUGGCCGGCCGCAAGUUCCCGCCGCUGCUGCCGCGUGAGCUGCGUGUCAGCCGCUGCAAGGCGCCCCAGAAGACGCUGCGCGCCGUCGAGCGUCAGCAGCAGGCCGCUGCUGCCAAGAUCAACACCCGUCGCGACGACCGCAAGCGCACUCGCUACGCUCCCAAGCCUACGGCCGAACAGCAGUCUGCCGCUGGUCGCGCCGCCAAGCUGCUCGGCCGCGCUGCCGCCCGCACCGUCACCGCCACUGGACCCAAUGCAGACGUCCUCGCCCCUGCCGAUGGCAAGCCGCUCGUGUUUGAGGGCACGCGCGCUCGUGCUGGCCAGGGUGGCGGCAUCGGCGGCAAGAAGAGCCGCGGCGCCGGCAAGAACGGAGGCGCCGGCAAAAACGGCGGCAAGACGUCCAACAACGACGAGCGGCGGGCCAAGCGGGCGUCCAGCUGGCGCGGAAAGACGAAACGGUAG